AUGUCAACCGUAAACCGGCUUCGGUGCCUGGAGAAGCUCGGCGAGGGCACCUACGGCGUGGUGUUCAAGGCGAAGGAGAACGCCACGGGGCACAUAGUGGCGUUGAAGCGCAUGAUGAUCAGCGGGGAGGACGAGGGGGUGCCCGCCACCGCCAUUCGCGAGGUGUGUCUGCUGAAGGAGCUCAAGCACGACAACAUCGUCGCGUUGCGCGACGUGCUCUUCGAGCCGCCCAAGGUGACGCUCAUCUUUGAGUACUGCGAGUACGACCUCAAGAAGUACAUGGAGCGGCACCCCUGCAGGACGACGGCCGCCGUGCUGCAGGAGGCGCGGCAGAUCAUGAAGCAGGUGCUCCUGGGGCUGCGCUACAUGCACCGCCGCCACGUGGUGCACCGCGACCUGAAGCCGGAGAACAUAUUUCUUAACAUCGCCCGCGCCGCAAGGGGCACGGGUCGCGGUGCGGCGGUGGAGGCUGCCGUAGCGCCUGGGCCCGAGACGGGGGCAACGCCGCCACCCGCGCCGGCGGAACUGAGUGGCGGCGGCAAUCAGCUCUUAGCGGAUGGCGGCGUCAAUGGCGCCGACGGCGACGACGCCGCGCAGCUGGUUGUGAAGCUGGGCGACUACGGGCUGGCGCGGGUGGAGAACAUCCCCGUUAAGAAGUACUCCCACGACGUGGUCUCGCUCUGGUACCGUAGCCCCGAUGUGAUGAUGGGGACCGCCCUCUACGGCUUCGCCGUCGACAUGUGGUCCGUCGGCUGCAUCUUUGCCGAGAUGAUCACGGGGAAGCCGCUGCUGAACGGCCGCACGGAGGCGGAGCAGCUGCUGAAGAUAUUUUGCCUCCUCGGCACCCCCACGCCGGAGACGUGGCCCUCGCUGCCGAGCUACCCAAAGUGCAGGCAGAUGAUUGACGCAACGGCCAAGCUGGCGCGGGAGCAGGCCCUGGCGGCGUGUCCGGGCGCGAAGAAACAGCAGCCGCAGCAGCCGCAGCAGACCAACGGGGGCCAGGCGGGGCAGCGGUGCCAGGGGCGUCCAGACGACACCGCGCGGCCCUCGAAUGACGCCAACGGCGCCAACAGUAGCGGGGCCCCGGAGGCGCCUCGGACGGGCUACAGUUUCCCGCCCGCCUUGUGCCUUCGGCGCGGCUUUGACGACUACGUGGAGAAGUCGCGUUUCCGCGAGAUUGCCGGCGAGGAGGGGGUCGACCUGCUGCGGAAGCUGCUGUGCUACGAGCCAUCGUACCGCCUGACCGCCCACGAGGCGUUGCUGCACCCGUUCCUGAAGAACACGCAGGUGCCGGUGCAGCGCAAGGUAGACGUGAUGUCCGCAAUGCUGAGGCAAACGCUAGAGGAACAUCGACUCCUGGAUCUCUGUGGCGUGUAG